CCAGCUUAAACUAGGAAAUUAAUUUUCCGGGGGCAUGUGUGCACCCCGAAUGUUCCGUUUCAUCCUCGAGGUGGAUAAUUUCCGACGAAGGUCUCGGAAAAAGAAGCGAGGACUGGCCAGUUGACAUUACGUAAGGCCUAUCCGCGUAUUGGUAUGUCCGGCCGCGGCUAUGCGUUUUCGCGUGACAUAACGCGACGCACUCGUCGGGCGGACGACGUCCAAGGAUAAGACUCCGGUUGAAUUAUUCAAUGUUUGCUCCUGCAGUGAUUUGCCCCUUGGUCAUGUUGUGCAUCGCGUAGAAGAAGAUCCAUUUUGGUCCCAGGACACCGGACGGAGAAGGUGCGCCGAGCCUUCUCCUCCUUUCCUCUCCUUCACCUUCGAUUUCCGGCCUACUCCGAUCUUGGGGAAAUACGUAUACGAUGAUCGAGCACCGGCGCCCACAAUGAGCCAGAAUCUGCAAAACUCCACCUUAAGAUUAAUCCAGCCUACCGUCACCGCUGCAGUGAUGCCGACCUAUCACAAUGCCGGCGGUGGUUACCCCAACGUGUCGGCCCCGGCCCGGCAGGGGAAACUCGACGGCAACCAGAACCACCAUACCAUCCCAUCAAACGUGACGUCGUCGCAUGCUCUUAUCCAGAACGUCGCCCCGAAUCUGACGGCAUCGUCCAACAUUCCGUCCCACCCGAUUUCCCCGACUAUGACCACGCACUUGAAUGUCUCGUCUCAGAAUAUCGGAGCCACCCUUAACACCGUGCCCUCGGCGAACGUCACCAAUACCGGGGGCACCACCUUGCCGGUCAACCCCAGGCACGAGGUCAAACUCAACGCCAUGCCAUGGUUCCACGGCAAGAUAUCCAGAGAAACGGCGGAGAGACUUCUGUGGCCUAGAGAAGACGGCCUGUUCCUAGUCCGGGAGUCCACGAACUUCCCCGGGGAUUACACGCUGUGCGUGUGCUACCAAGGCCGCGUGGAACACUACAGGGUCAAGUACAAGAACAAUCAGCUGACCAUCGACGACGAGGAGUUCUUCGAGAACCUGGCCCUCCUCGUCGAGCACUACGAGCAGGAUGCGGACGGGCUGUGCACGCAGUUGACCAAGUCUCUGCCAAAGCAGGGCAAGCAGGACUUCUGCGUCGACCCCAAGGCCUUCGUCGAGGCGGGGUGGGUGAUACAGACCACCGAGUUGGAGCUCAGGGAGUGCAUAGGGAAGGGCGAGUUCGGCGACGUCCUCCUCGGGGUGUAUCGGGGCGAAAGGGUCGCCGUCAAGAUGCUGAAGGACAACAGCGAGGCCGCCCAGAGGUUCCUGGCCGAGGCGAGCUUGAUGACCUCGCUGAUUCACGACAACCUCGUUAAGCUGCUCGGUCUUGUCUUCAACAAUCAACAUAUGUACCUGGUUACCGAGUAUAUGAGCAAAGGAUCCCUGGUGGAUUAUCUGAGGUCUCGGGGAAGACUCCACGUCUCGAGAAAGGACCAGAUCAACUUCGCAUACGACACGUGCGCUGGAAUGGCUUAUCUGGAGUCCAGGCAUGUCGUGCAUCGAGAUUUGGCUGCGAGAAACGUUCUCGUCGCGGAGGAUAAUUCCGCGAAGGUCUCGGACUUCGGUCUAGCUCGGGACGAGAAUUUUUCCCUCGACGGCGGCAAGCUGCCCAUUAAGUGGACUGCUCCCGAGGCCUUGAAGCAGAAUAAAUUCUCUAACAAGUCCGACAUGUGGAGCUUCGGAAUCCUGCUCUGGGAGAUCUAUUCCUUCGGACGUGUACCUUACCCUAGAAUACCUUUAGCCGAUGUCGUUAAAUGCGUCGAAAAGGGGUACAAGAUGGAACCACCGGACGGCUGUCCAUCCGAGGUUUAUGAAAUAAUGAGACAGGCAUGGGAUCUGCAGCCCGAGAAGAGACCAACUUUCCACGACAUCAAGGCGAAGCUCGGUCAACUGAAGGCCGAGUGCACCAAGGGGGCGAAUUGAAGAGAAGUCUCUGGCUUCGACUGCGAUCGAACGCGUUGACAAAAGACAAAGGGCGACUGAUCGGUCUAAGAGGUAACUUUUUAUAAUCAGGGAAAAAGGUAGCGGCUCUAAAUACUCGGACUUAGGAGAAGACAAAGAUGCGAUUCCGACUGUACAUUGUAUAAACGUAGUAUUCGCGUUGCUUGUAUUUAUUGUAACGUUAGUUCGCCUUUUUUGAGGGUUUUAUUGAUUUUACAUGACGGCUAUCUUUGUGCACAAACCGUUUCCGUAUAUCGAUCGUGCCUUUCUUUAGAUCGAUGUUCCCAAAAGGAGAACUUUGUUGAAAGACGAAAUAGAGGGGAAAAAAAAAACGAGGGAGUACAAACUAAUUAUUUUGCGAGCGUUUGCAGCUGCUAUUAGCUUCUCUCACAAUGCAUUCGCAGUGACCAUGCAGCCUGAUAAGUUGCAGAUCUUAAUUCGCCAUACAAAAGCGAUCGCUCACAGACCCGUGGCCUCGAUCGUAUGUGUCCGAUAACGUUUUUGCGACGCAAUGAAAUAUUUGUUCGCCAUACCGCCAGCCGCAAUAGAGGCCGAUACGCUUUUAUAUUUUUUUACUCAUUUGUAAGGCCUGCCCGGCACUUUUUACGCUAUAUGGCACGACGUAAUCGGCUUAACAUCCCUGUUGUGCGGCUCUAAAGUUUCGAUGUUUUAGAUACAACGGUCUUACCGGUUUUAAUGCUUCCGCUUGAAGAAGUCGCGAAAAUUGAGUUUCAGAAAACACGCGAAACGAACGCGCCUUGGGACUCGGGGGUCCGAUUAAACGGCGAUCUACUAUACACUAUACUUCGCUCUGAACCAGCGAAAGUUACGUUUAAUAAAUGGCGACUCCGAUAUCGCUUUCGGUGAUAAGAUCGUAAACCCUUGCGAUAAUAUCCAAUGGAUCCAGGCGGAUCCGUCUCUUGGCAACUAGAGGACGCGAAAAUGUCUCGUAGGCUCUUAAGCUUCCCAAUUAAAGAUUCUUUGUAGUAAGCGUUUGUCGUUAACUAAAUUAUUGCGGUUGCAGCUAAGAAUUAUUUAAAUCCUGUUUCGGGAGGUUCGCGCCUUAGCGGUGUGUACGUAACUGUAUAUAUCUUGUAUAUAUCUAUCCGUUAAAAGGAAACCGUUCCGAGACCCAUUCGCACCGAUUAGAGGUUUAUCAAAGGCGUCCAUUUACCGAAGGCGCUCACAUUCGAGAUCCGAUCUAUCACGAGCACUUCCAUUAUCCAAGUGAUCGAGUUCUUUCCUGAUCACCGGAAGGGGGCGAACUAUCGUAUCCGCGAUUCACGAAAUAUGUGCGUCCAUUCUCGAGGAAACGUAAGUUCGACACGGGACGGAAGCCUAUCGACGAUCGAACAUCGAUACGAAUAUAUUUUUGAAACUUUGGAGGCGUAUUCCGCCAAUUGUAACGAUGCACGGUCGAGGAGAUAAAUAUGUAUAAUUUGGAGAGGAGUCGAAACUCUUUGUAAUUAUCGAAAGGACAUUGUUCCUGGGCGUAAAAGGGUCAAGGUUCCAAAAAUAUACUCGUCUUCCUUAGGGCUACGUUACCUACAUCGAACAUUUUUCUGUUCACCCGCCGAACAGACCUUAAUCGUUAAGUUUUGACUUCAGUAAGUUCGAUUAUCGCUUACGUGCGACAAGUACCGUCUAGAACGGCGUACCAACGUUAUACUUGACUCCUCAGCCACGGCGGAAUCGAAAUUGCCGUUGGUGAAAGGGAUGAAAGGCCUCGGAGUUUUCUAUCGCCGACAGGGAACACGAGUUCCAGAGGACGGUUCCCGCGUCUAUUGCACGUGCAAAUGUUGUUUUAAGUUUUAGGAGUUACGUAUCUUACGUAUUUACCAAAAUGUGUGUUACCGGGAGUCAAAGAAUUUCUACGAAUGCGUCAUCGGGGGCAAUCGACUCGCGAGUUUUGUAUCACCGACCUUCGCUACCGAGCAUCUCGAAUUGGUUGCAUCGAAACGUAUCCAGAAAAGGCGCCUAAGCGUGGUUUCUCUCUCUUAGUUUAUUUUUAUUUUAGUUCCGCCAAUCCCCUCGCCCUUCUUAAACGCAGAGCAGCUACGCACGCGGAAACACGAGAGUAUGGAAGGUCGAUAUCAAUAAUUGCGUUACACCGAUAAUUAUCUCUCUCUCUCGAGUUUACGUCCUGGAUCAUCGCUCGACGUCGCAUCCAGCGGUGUCGAUGAGGCAGCGUCUCUUUUAACGACUGUAUAUUUUAACUAUUUAUAUAACGACCUCGUAAAGGCGCGUCCGCGGCCACUUCCCGGUAGCCCGCGACGCGAGUUCUUUUAACCCGUUUCAUUGUAAUCGACCCGUUAGACCGUAAGAAAUUUAAUAUAUAUUAAUAUGAAAUGACAAA